GUUCUCUACAUUCCACUUUUAGGUUUAGGUAAGUAUUAUGGGAGUAAUCUUCUCUGUAUCAUUCGACUCGAGUUUUAAUCAGGUAACGCCAAAAUUGGAGUUUAUCCCCUCACCGCUUUAGCCUUACAGUCCAAAAUUCCACUCAUAGUCACACUGCUGUUUUUUCUGAUAGAUGUCUGUUUUUUUGCAUGUAUAUCAAACGCGGCACACCGUUCAUGCUUCCACCUUCCCUUCCUUCCUAUCUCCUACUCUUUCGUAUUAUACGUCUCGAAAUUCUCACCUUUUUCUUUCUCGCAAAUUCUUCUACCUAUUUAUACCCUUUUACACUUCUAAUGAUUUUGACACUUUCUCCCAUCUCUUACACUUGUUCAACAAAUUCAUAUCCCUUCCCAAAAAAGAAUCUAAAAAUGCAUAGACAAACUAUUUUAUCUCUUCUUCUACUACUACUCUUCAUCUUCACUACAAAGGUGAAUGCAGUACACAGGGGAAGAAUGGUAGGAGCAAGAACACAAGUAAAAGACGUAAAAACUAAUAAGGAAGUUCAAGAACUAGGUAAGUUUUCAGUAGAGGAGUACAACAGGGAGUUCUUAAGCAAGCAGCCAGGCCCGCUUCGAAGCGUAUCAAACGAGUCGUUGGAUUUUGUGGAGGUGGUGGAGGCGCAAAGGCAGGUGGUUUCCGGGAUUAAAUACUACCUUAAGGUUGAAGCCGUACAAGGCGGUGUUAGUAGGACUUUUGAUGCGGUGGUGGUGGUUAAGCCUUGGGUUCAGGAGUCCAAAAAAUUGCUCAACUUUGGCCCAUCUCCAAGGCCAAAUUUUCUGAAGUUCCGACUGAUCAAAUGUAGGAAACUGCUGAGCUUAUAAUAUUUUUGUUUUUGGUUAAAGAUGAUGCUAAUUAGUGAUAAUUUGCUCUUCUGACUUCUGUGAUUGACAAUAACAAGUUGUUCAUCCUUCCAUCAAUAAUAAAUAAAUGACUUUGAAUUUUCCAGAUUAUCCCUAAUUUCCAUUUUAGGUUUUUCGGUACUUUUAUAUUAGCUUUGUUGUAGUGGUUUACGGCUGAAAACGAGUAAAAAAUAUAUCAUCGCGAUGUAAAUCUCUCACCGGCUAGGAGCACCAGUGCACCACCGGCACUUAAAACGAUAUUUGAGGUCCGAGGUCUUUCUCUUGAAGAAUAUCAUUGAAGGAGAAAAUUUGCGUCCUUAUAAUACGGUAAUUGUACUAUCCCGUCAAAAAAAUUCUGGUAUAUGCAUUAUUUUACCAAAAAAUAUAUAAUUUGUACAACAGAUUAUGAGUUAGUCUAUCACUUAAAGCUGGAUCGUUAAAAUAUCAUUAUUUACCCCAAGCUCUUUUAAAUGAAAAAAACUAUCUAUCUUCAAACUUUCCUGUAAACCAAGUUUCAAACGAAUGUCAAGUUCUACUCACUGAUAAGUUCGGCAAGAAAAUUUGAGUUGUUCCAAGUUAGUCUCUUAUAGAAAGUUUAAGAAUGGUUGCUAAUCUUUAACCAUAAUUUCACAAGUCCGAGUAAGUACUUGCUUGUAAAUACUUCAAUAUUGAAUUUGUGAGAAUCUCCCCUUUCAAGUGCAAAUCUUCCCCUCUUACUAUAUUUCCUAGGAAAAAUAACUCUCUUAUUUUUUCCAAUCAAAACUUGAUUGUAUAGUUUAACUUAUCGUUUAUAUUAUCCCGUUUUUGAGUUUAGAAAAUCCAUUUACCUGUCCAGGAUUAGUAUGGAUAAAAUUACUACCUGCCUUCCUUUUGCGCAGCUUUGCCAUAGUUGACAUCAUUCUGAAUGCUAAAGCUUUCUGCCUCUAACUACGAGUCUACCGCCCUCAAACAUUCAGACACUAGGACUGCCGAAAAUUAACACCCCAGCUUCCUAUUUCCAGAGACUUAUUUUAUCGCCUUUCUAGGUCAACCAUAGCCACCCAAGUACUUACCUUCAAAUGGCAAAAUCACACCCCUAAAUUUCCAACAUCCAGAAAUUUUCUUCUCCUUCCCCCUACUACAUUAUAAGUUCAUAACUUCCAUCAACCCAUCAUAUGCAGCAUCUAAACCCAACCACGU